GCAAUACAAUUAGUCCAAAUAAUCACAAUAAGAUAUUUCUUUCCAAAUCAUGCCGCCCUACAAUCUACCAAAAAUAAUCUUAUUCUCAUUUUAACUAAACCAAAUAGAUGUUUUCAUCAUUUUAUAGACAAACAUUGACAGAUUGAUGUAGAGGUCCAUUAAACACUUGAGCUUUUCAUAUUAUACCACAUGAACUGCUGUAAAAUCUACUACAGAACUACAAGGGCAACACAUGAUAAUGAGAUGGGUUGUGGUCAGGUAAAGCAUGCAUCCCAUAUUUCCCUGUUUUCCUUUGGGACUCGAAUGCAGCAUCAUUCUAGACCGUUUUGGCACGAUUUUCGUUCAGCUCGCCUCGCGUUAUCACUCUGCUGUGUGUGAGUGGAUCAUCUCAUUUGGGCAGACGACGUCCUCACACACGGACGAGAUGUUUUACAUAUAAUAAUCUCAUUCUGAUUGAUAAUGACAUUUAGACUGUAUUUAUUUAGAGAUUAAGUAUACCCAGUAGGCUCAUCAUAUCAUUCUGAUAAAUAUUAAAACAAAAACAUAGAUCCAGUCGCUUCAUUUGGACAAACAGUUUGACAGAUUCGACACAACAGUUUGACAGGAGUCUAUCAGCUUUCCAAAAAGAAUGAAUAAGUGGUAGCUCUCCAUCCAGCGUUUCCAUGCAACAGCGCGGGCGGCUGUGAAUUCACGGAGCACACCGGGGGAUAGAUGCUUUAGCAGCAGAGAGCGACAGUAGAUCUGGACCCAGAGCGCCUCUGAGAAGCCGAUGGAGCGACAGGCAGAUGGAGUUGAGCUGGUCGGGAGCGUAAAUCAGUAUGAUAGUGCAGAGGAGCCCGGUUCUCCUGCCCUAGCUUGUGAGCACUCAGGCAGCCCACAGCAGGAGGAGCCCGGCACGAUGAGGAGGAACGACAACUACCUGCCAGUCCCUGGCGAAGAGAAGAACAUGAAUGUGGACUUUAAAGCCAGAAGCAGCGAGUCAAUACCAAUGAAAAAUCUUUAUGCGGAUGACGGCUCACCUCUUCAGCCACGGUUAGGCCCAUACUUCUCUGAUGGACGGCGGCGUGUGGACUACGUGCUGGCAUACCAAAUCAAGAAACCCAGCAGCAUUCGGCGCCCGUCCUCCAGGUUUGGCGACGGCAACUUUAUCCGACGGCUUCGGCGAAGUCUGAGCAUGAGAAGCAGCCGUGCCCCGCUGCAGCCAAAGGAAGACCCGGAGAUUGCUGCCCAGAACCACUGCCCUGACAAUAGUGAGCAUGACAAGCGCAGUAAACGGCAGGAGUUUGAGGAACACCUCCUAGAGAUGGGGCUGGAGCUGGAAAAGGAGGAACGGAAUACAAUCCCUGGAAUCGGCUUCUUGAAGAUCCAUGCUCCUUGGAACGUUCUGUGUCGAGAGGCUGAGUUCAUGAAGCUCAAGAUGCCAACAAAGAAGAUUUACAACGUGAAACAAGGCAGUAAUGUUGUGGAGAAGAUCCGACAAUUCAUUCACAAAGUCACAGCUCCUCUCCAUCCAAAAAUAGACGCCAGCCAGCCACAAAACGUCAAAUCUCUCUCCCACCCUUUCUCCAGAGAGAAGCAGCAUCUAUUCGAUAUGUCUGAUAGGGACAAGUUCUUUGACAGCAAGACCAGGACCUCUAUAGUCUAUGAGGUGGUGAAGAGGGCGAAAAUCAUAACAACCAAAUACGACAUGGGGCUCACUGGUCUGUUAGCCAGAGGUGCCUAUACGGCUGCUUAUCCUCUGCAUGAUGGAGAAGUUGAGGGUGUGAAUGCAGAGCCUAGUGACAGGAAGCUGCUGUAUGAGGAGUGGGCCAGCUACAGUGUCUUCUACAAGUACCAGCCUAUAGGACUCAUCAGGAAGUAUUUUGGGGAGAAGGUUGGACUCUACUUUGCCUGGUUAGGAGUCUACACACAGAUGCUGAUCCCUGCAGCCAUCGUUGGAGUCAUUGUGUUCCUCUAUGGCUGUGCCACUGUUGAUGAUAACAUACCAAGCAUGGAGAUUUGUGAUCCAAGGAACAACAUCACCAUGUGUCCGCUGUGUGACCACGCCUGCAGUUACUGGAAGCUGGUGUCAGCGUGUGGAACAGCCCGAGCCAGCCACCUGUUUGAUAACCCAGCCACCGUCUUCUUCUCCAUCUUCAUGGCCCUCUGGGCGGUUCUCUUCAUGGAGCACUGGAAGAGACGACAGAUGCGACUCAACUAUACCUGGGACCUAACAGGCUUCGGAGAGGAGGAGGAGGAGGAACACAAGGACCACAAUCGAGCAGAGUACGACAUCCGGGUCAUGGAAAAGGAAAUGAAAAAAGAACAUCCAAAUCCAGAGGGUGAGAAGCUGACCUGUACAGACAGAAUGCCAGCUUACAUGACUACUGUGGUGAUGAUGUGCUUCAUGAUCCUUGUGACAUUCGCCAUAGUCUUCGGGGUCAUCUUGUACCGGAUCAGCAUUAAGGCAGCACUGCACAUAAGCACCUACCCUGCAGCACGGUCGAACAUCAGAGCUGUUGUCAAAACCACUGCCGCCAUCAUCAACCUCAUUGUCAUCAUCAUCUUAGAUGAAAUCUAUGGUAACGUUGCCCGUUGGCUGACCAUAAAGGAGGUUCCAAAGACAGAGAAGAGCUUUGAAGAGAGACUCAUCUUCAAAACAUUUAUCUUGAAGUUUGUCAAUGCAUUCACACCCAUCGUCUAUUUGGCCUUCUUCAGGGGCAGGCUUGUUGGGCGGCCUGGAAAAUACUUGUAUGUUGUUGGAUCAUACAGAAUGGAAGAGUGUGCCCAUGCAGGCUGCCUCAUGGAGCUGUGUAUCCAGUUGUGCAUCACUAUGCUGGGCAAGCAGCUCAUCCAGAACAACCUGUUUGAGAUCGGCAUACCGAAGCUGAAGAAACUGCUUCGGAGGAGGAAGUCGGACUUGGACUCAAAGCAAGAGGAGGAGCUGAACAAAACCCUGCAGCGCCACGAGAAAGACCACAUCCUGGGUCCUUUCGUCGGCCUCAACCCAGAGUACAUGGAGAUGAUCAUCCAGUUUGGGAUGGUGACUCUCUUUGUGGCUUCCUUCCCUCUGGCUCCGCUCUUCGCUCUGCUGAAUAACAUCAUCGAAAUUCGCCUGGAUGCCAAGAAGUUUGUCAUGGAACUGCGCAGGCCGAUUGCAGCCAAAGCCAAAGACAUUGGUAUCUGGUACAACCUCUUGAGAGGCCUCAGCAAGGUAGCAGUCAUCGUUAAUGCCUUUGUCAUCGCCUUCACCUCUGACUUCAUCCCUCGGCUGGUCUACCAGUACAUGUACAGCCCCGACGGCUCCAUGCACGGCUUCGUCAAUCACACUCUGUCUUACUUCAACGUCAGUGACUUCCAGCCAGGCACAGACCCUCUGCAGCCAAUGCAUCUGGGCUACAAGGUAGCAGUAUGCAGAUAUAAGGACUACAGAGAGCCUCCCUGGUCCAACACACCAUAUGAACUCUCGAAGGAGUUCUGGGCUGUUCUGGCUGCCCGCCUUGCUUUCGUCGUUGUCUUUCAGAACGUGGUGAUGCUUAUGAGUGACUUUGUGGACUGGCUAAUCCCGGACAUCCCCAAGGACAUCAGCCUCCAGAUCCACAAGGAGAAGAUCCUCAUGGUGGAGCUCUUUAUGAAGGAGGAGCAGGGCAAAAGGCUCGCAGCACGGGACAACCACAACCAAGACAACUACACCUCCCCAUCGUCAUCCAAUCAUAGCCCGCCACAGCCCCGCUCACGGCCCAUCUCACAUGCAAACUGCUGUUAAAGUGACAGCUGUCGGGUCUGGAAAACAAGCACAAAACGCAACAAGCAAACACAACAUCUGUAUACAAACUGUACAUAAGUUAAUCAGCUGCUUAAAGUGAGCUGUUAAAGGUCAAGGCAUCUAUCCAAUAGCACAUGAUCAGAUUUUAAUAAUCAGCAAAGCUUUUGCUGCAUUCUAUUGUUUGGGAAUAUUUAUAUGAAUGACAGUUAAAACCGAAACUUUGACAUAUUCAAAUUAGAAUUCCAACACAUUUAAAACAGGAUGUUGCGUCUUUUUAACACUUUUGCCACAGUAUGAUACAAUUUACAGCAAUCCUGACAUUAUCAGCCAUUAACCAAUACUCUUAGGAUGUAUGAUCACAAAACUUUAUUUAUUGGAUUUAUUGUAUCUGACGGGAACAAGCCAUUAACUUCACUCGACUCUGGGAAAAGUCCUUGUCAGUGAGCUCAUCAUUCAGGACGUCUGAGAGAACAGUGCCAAACCCCACCUGUAACUUAAUAUAAUUAUAGAUGAUAUCAAAUUUCUAAAGCAGUAAACCACCUCUCCUACAGGAUUUGAGUGAAGUUUUUAUAUUGAAGACAGUCUCCGUCCAAAUGGUCGUGCUGAGAAGAUUUUCCUCCUGAUAUGUUACUGGUGAGAUACACAUAAGGAGCUCCUCUCUACUACCAUCUUAACGCUCAGACAGGCCUUUUUUUUGCACAAUGAUAUACCAAUGCAGGAAUUUAUUGAAGUACUUUUUUGAAUAUGCAACAUGUUCAAGCACAUGUGCUUUGGUUGUUGGGAUGAACAGCAAGGUUUUUGGAAGACCGUCUUUGUUGAGCGGCCUGUUGAUUUGUACUAUUCUCUUGUACGAGCACCAUUUUGCUCAUUGUUACAAUUGUUACAUUUUCUGAACAAACUGCCUAACAGUGCUCAGUGGCAUUAUUCCUAGAAGCACAAGUCACAUUAUUAAUCAUUCCAAUGAACUGGAAUUCUUAAAGCUGCAGUUGGAAAGAUUUAGAGCAGAAACACAAAGUGAUGUCAUGCUCCAUCUCACCUCGCUGAGAGAUGCUGCACUGUGGAUACUUUCUGUACGUCCUAUUAACCCUUACCAAACUCUGGUGUUGGUUGUAGAGAGAAAUAUUUACCACACGGUCAUAAAAAUGAAAAUGAUUCAUUCAGCACAAGUGUUUCUUAAAGCUGUAUUAAUUUUUUUUUCUCCACUUGGGGGCAGUAGAACCGCACAAAACAUAAGACUGACAUAAUUCACAGAAUAAAACCAUUAGCAAACAAUAGUGCUGUCAAAAUGAACAUGUUAUUUUUUUAUUUCAAAGCUAAAGCUAUAACACAUUUUAGAAACUCAGAUAACAAAUCCAUUUGUCCAAACCAUGUCAGGAAAGGAUCUCAAUAACUCAAAAACUUUUAGGCUAAAUUUUGGCAUGGAAAAAGGGGUUCCAUCUCACCUCAAGAUCUGUAAAAAUGGUUUCUAUGGUUGUAUGGGUACCUACAGGUCUCCCCUCAAACAGACAAAUAUCUAUUAGUACAAGCUACUGUCUUAAGGGAAAAAAAGAAAUUGUGAUAUAUCACAGCAAAUUGUGCCAAUACUUGUUCUUUUGGUUUUGUUUUGUUUUGUUUUUAUCAAUUGACACCCCUAGCAAACAAUUAUUGACACAUUAGAAGGUAGCAACAUUAGUAUGUCAUUUUGAGUAUGUCUGGCCAUCCAGUCCAGUUUUAAUAGUCCUUUUAGCUUAAGCAGCUAAAUAUAUUUCUCUGGCUCUUUGAUUAACUUGUUACGAGCUAAUUAAUCAUUCAACCUGUCUGCUUUUUGUUACUGAGCAGAUUAAGUAUCAGAGAAAAAUAUCUAGCGUAAAGUCUAGAGUUUAAAUAACUACUUUUUUAAUCCAUGGUCUCACUUGUUUAUUUGGUGCGUUUUGGAGCAUCUACGAACUGGUGCAGAAUGAAGUUUACUGAUGUCCCCUUAGAAAAUUUCUACAGAUCAAAUUGUUGACAGCAUUCUUCCGUCACUUAGUAACCACUGAUGGGAAAUACUAAUGUCUUCAGUAGAUGAUAUUAAAAUGUUUUUGUUUCACUGAUUAAAACCAUAAAGCCAUUCAUAUCUUUGUAUAUUGUUGCAAUGCUCAGCUAUAUUUAUUAGAUUGGUUUCCUGAUAGAUUUAAGGUUGUGCAGUGAAAAUGGAGCUGAAUGUACUCAUGUUUAAAGUCACAUGCAGCGGUACAAUGUGCACUGGAGAAUUGUUCUUGGAUCAAAUGAAAUAAGGAAUCCUGCCAUACUGAUAGCAAUGUUUUUUGUAUUCAAGCGACUCUGUUUUUGGCUUGGCUAAAGUAAGACUUUUCUGCUUUUUGAUGACUCUGAAAAGCAGCACCAGAGUCUUGUUAAAGGGCACCACAGUGACAGUUGUUGAGCUUUACUGACCCUGCCUUAUAUUAUCCCAGCUUCGCCAGGGAAUCCCUCAACUAUCAUGAGCUCAAUGGAGAUUUCAUACAAAGAGAUUCAAUAUUAUAUUUAUUAUGAUUAUCUUGCCUUAUAUCAAACUUUUUAAUUAAUUCAGCAUUUUCUUAAAACAACUCUUUAACUAUUCAAGCACAAAGACUGAAUUUUGUUUUGUGUUUAUCAAACUGCAAAAACACAUGUGGGAGUGACUGGAUAUGAUGUUGAAGAAAAUAAAGGUACUGUGGACUGAAAUGCGCAGUCACAAGUAGUGAUGUCCAGAUGAAGCUUCAUGGAUCAUUAGUGUUUUUUGUUGAGCCCAGUAGAUGGCAUUCUUGGUUUAGAAGGAAAAAAGCUCAAGUAAUAGCAGUUCUGUGUACUUUCAAAGCAUGUGUUGGCCAGUGAGUGUCAUCUAGGAUCAGAAAAUAAAGAAGCUUCAUUUGGCCAUCACUAGUCACAAUACAGUCUCCACAGUCAAAUCCUGCCCCCUGCUGUAAAUAUAUAGAACUACCCCAGAUGUAAGCCCUCAACCCAGACUAAUGGAAUGUAUUAUUAAAUGUUUAAAUUAUCAGUGAUGUAUAAUCACGUUUAGGUCAAAAUGUUGUAUAUCUGUAUUUUCUAAUUUUAUGACAAUGCAUUUCUAAGUGCAUUUAAUGUGUUGGAGGGGUUUUAUCAGCCCACAGGGGAUCAACAAUCUAUCAACUGAAGACUUUCACAAUGACAGUGAUAUACUUUUUUCUCAGUGACUUCAUUUUAAUUCAAUAUUCAAAGUACAAGAAACCAUUAAUAUGGACCUAUUUCGCUGUAUCUGGAAAGAUGCCUUGGAAAACAUCUUCAAAUACAGACUGCAGACAUUUUAUCACAGAUGUUAUUUCUUUCUGGGAUGUAUCUUGCUCUUUUGAGCAAAGACUGCACAUUUUAUUUUUUAUCCAAUCUUCAUACUGUUAAUACUCUGUAUGUAAGUAGGGUUAGCGUUGAUAUUCAGUGAUAGGUGACGAUUAUGAUGCUGUCACAGGGCUGUGGAGUCCGUGUUAGCUGCAAUAUUUGUUUUCCUCAGAAUCUCUUAAAACCUGAUGUCACAUGUUAAAAAAACUCCCUCGAUGUUCCUGAUGAGAGGUCGUCCUGUUGCCAUGUUGUAUUUACAGCAUCAAUAAAACACUUCCAUUUGUGACAUGCUGAUAUCUAUUGUAAUGUAUGUCAAAGCACAUUUCCCAACAUGCGUGAGUGUAUAUGCAUGUAUAGCCGAGUUGUCUGUCUCUGAUAUUUUGAGUCUUUUUUUGUUUAACUGCAAAUAAAUUAGAGAUGAACUGC